CAGCCGCCGGCACUGGAGGUCCGAGCGUGGGCCGCGUCUGGCGAACCGGUCCGCACAGCGCUCGCAACCCCUUCCGGAGGGGGUCGGGCCGGAAGGGUGUUGGGGGUGUCUCUCGGGCCUCUGACAGACCUGCAGCGCCCUCUGUGCAGGAACCCGGGACGCGCAUUGUCCGCCCACUACGGUGCCCUUUUCUCCCCCACAGGCCCGCCCACCGCACGGUUCCAGGGGGCGGGACGGUGACCGUGCCUGGCGGGGCGGGGGCGCGGUGACCUCAUCGCGGUGACGCGGGGCUUCCCGUGGAGGUCCAGGACCAGGGAUCGGCAGCCCUGCCCUGGUGGCUAGAGCUAUUUCUGGCCAGGCCCAGCUCCCACGCCGGCCCUUUCCCUUGGGGACUCAAGUUCACCAGGCAGCCCUGGGAAGAGGGGCCACUACGUGUUUUCCCGGUGUCCAGGGCCUCGGUCGCUGUCCAGCCACCCUAGUAGAGUCAGGGUCUUGUUUUGUAGCCCAGGCUGACCUUGAGCUGGCCGUAAACCACCUGCCUUAGCCUCCCAAGUACUGGGAUUACAGGUGUGGGCACUAGCCCAGCGGCAGGGUGUGUUUGUGCCCCCUCUCUGGUGAUGGAGCUUGUAUUUGACCCCAACUCGGGGUUGGAGGUUCCCCCCUCCCCCCCAGCUCCGGUGAAGUUCUGUUCCCUUCUCAGCUCACAGCUCUUAGGGUGCCUGCUUUCCUUAGGCCAGGGGUGAAGAAGGUCUCUUCCUUUUCUCUAUCCUGGGUGGAGGUCGCUGCAUCGGCCCCCACCCUGCUGCAGCUGUUGCAGUCUGGUGGGGGAAGGGGUGGGAUGGCGUAGCUGGAGCCAAGGCCCAGGGUAGGGUAUCUGGGAGGGCGUGAGCUCCCUUGCAGGGUCAGACUGUCCAGGACUGCCUGUUGCCCCACCCUAGUCCAGACUAAAAUACUGGGUCUGGCUGGUGCUGUCUGCCUCUGGUGGACCCUGCGGCCCUGGACACAGUUCUGGCCCAUGGCUGAGGCCCCAUCAAGGAGGAGUGGCAGCCCCCUUCAGGGCCAGCCCUGUGACCUGUGACCUGUCUGGCCCCUCUAGUCCCGCAUCCUGGGGAACCUCCACCCACCUGCCCUACGGAGGAGCCAUCCCCAGUUGCUUGAUCAGGAUGGGUGAAUUCAACGAGAAGACGACGACUUGCGGCACAGUCUGCCUCAAGUACCUGCUGUUCACCUUCAACUGCUGCUUCUGGCUGGCUGGCCUGGCUGUCAUGGCAGUGGGCAUCUGGACACUGGCCCUCAAGAGUGACUACAUCAGCCUGCUGGCCUCAAGCACCUACUUGGCCACCGCCUACAUCCUGAUGGUGGCUGGUAUCGUCGUCAUGGUGACUGGGGUUCUGGGCUGCUGUGCCACCUUCAAGGAGCGGCGGAACUUGCUGCGCUUGUACUUCAUCCUGCUCCUCAUCAUCUUUCUGCUGGAGAUCAUUGCAGGUGUCCUGGCCUAUGUCUAUUAUCAGCAGCUGAAUACGGAGCUCAAAGAAAACCUGAAGGACACCAUGACCAAGCGGUACCACCAGCCAGGCCAUGAGGGUGUGACCAGUGCUGUGGACAAGCUGCAGCAGGAGUUUCACUGCUGCGGUAGUAACAACUCUCAGGACUGGCACGAUAGUGAGUGGAUCCGCUCGGGCCAGGCAGGCAAGCGCGUGGUCCCCGACAGCUGCUGCAAAACCGUGGUGCCUGACUGUGGGAGGCGGGAUCAUGCCUCCAACAUCUACAAGGUGGAGGGUGGCUGUAUCACCAAGCUGGAAACCUUCAUCCAGGACCACCUGAGGGUCAUCGGAGCGGUGGGCAUUGGCAUUGCCUGUGUGCAGGUCUUUGGCAUGAUAUUCACCUGCUGCUUGUACCGGAGCCUCAAGCUGGAGCACUACUGAGCCCCAGGGUCUGGCCCACCUCCCGCCAUGUCUGACUACUGAAUUGACUGCUGAUGGCCAGGCCUACAUCUGUGUGUGCCUGUGCUCCCCACGCUGAACCUUGGCAGGGCCACCCAGAAGUGGCUCCAAGUGCCUUUCUCUGUACACCAAGUCCUGAGGCUGCUCCCACCCCAGCAUGGCACCAGGCGGCCAGUGUGCCCGUGUGUGGGGACUUAGGGCCUAUGCCUGACUGCUAGGUGGGGGCUGGGCUCUGACAAUCAUGUCCCCCUCCCACAAGCACCUCCUCUGUUGUGGGUUAGCUUCCUGAUGUGUGUCCAGUCAGGGUGGAGUCUGGACACACCCUGUAUGGCUGCCAGAGGCAGGUGGGGGCCACCUUCUGUGCCUGCUGGGCCCUUGGAG